AUGGCCGUCCGAGGAUCUGGUGGUUUGGUUACAACGGCGGAGCCUGCUCGAGCGUUAACAUAUUAUGAGAAUCCACAUAAGAGGGGAGCUUCGGUGACAGUACUCAUACCAGGGUUCAUGGCCAAAGUCGAUAAAACAGUGCCACUGGUUAACAAAGAAGAUGUUCUCCAGGCUUAUCGGAGGCUCCCUACGAAUGCCAAACAAGAACUACUCACUAUCAUCGAUGCACAACUCGUCUCUCGAGUGAAUGAAAUACAUAAGGAAGCGAAGAGAGAGGACACACUUUGCACGCGUCAGCAGCCUAAGUCUAAACGCCUCGUUGGCCUGUCAGCGUUCUACCUCUUCAACAGUACCAAACUGAUGCAAGGGAUUCUCGAUCCUUCGGGAGCUCAAGCUCUUGCCCAUGAUCGCAGCAUCAAACCAGACGUGCUUCAGCCUAAGUAUCACACAGUACUCAAUGAGACGCUGCUCCCGUUAUGGUAUCGUCUCACAGACUUCGCCGCGGAGGACCCGAGGUAUGUGUCUGUGGAUGGCAUUGUCGCUCAAGCUCUCGAGUUCUCGGAUGUCGGAGUGAAUUCAAACGAGGCUCCGAAAGUACCAUUGGAGCCAGUAGAAGGGCCGCCUCUUAUGAUUACUUAUGGACAAGAAUCCUUCAGUAAUGAUGAAUGGCAUGCCGUUGGAGAAGCAAAGACGAGGAAAAAUUCACCGUUCAUCACCAAAGUAUCGUCCUUGUUGUCACCAAGGCGUCUGGCUCGGCGACGUGCUGCAGCGAAAGAGGCAGCAGCAUCUCUCCAGUCGACUAAGCCUGAUGAGGAAACGGUUGCGGUAGCGAAGGCAAAAGAGCAUUCUGACGAGCUUCAGUCGAGACCUGGGAACAUUGAAGGGAUAUUAUCAGUGAAACGCACCUUCAUUUGCUUCGAGGAGGAGCCCACAGAUGAGUGUCUUUGUUACCACCCUCCUAUGCUUUCAAAAGAGGCUCCUUUCUGA